GUAAACUGAAUGAGGAAAUAAAAAAAAACCCCACACUUGAGAGACAUAUUGUUCUCUGCUGCACCUGCACAUUUCUGACUUCAUUUGAAAACUUCAACGUAUUUAUUUAGCUCUAACUGCGAAAGUGUGCUCUGCUCAGCCAUGUCAAAGACAUCAGCUCUGAAGAUAAGCCGCGCGAGUUCAGUUAAGGUGGAAAACUUCCGACAGUCCCUGUAUCACGAGGCUGAGAAUUUGUUCUCCAGCUACAUCCCUCAGAAGAUUGUCCAGCUGGAUGCUCUCCUCAGGGAUGACGCCCUCAGCAUCACAGACAUGAGCAAGCUCCAGGCUCCCCUGGACAUCCCCAUACCAGACCCUCCUUCUCCAGAGGACGAGGAAAUGGAGACGGAUAAGAAUGAAGAUGAUGAGAAGAAAAAGAAGAAAGCUCCAAAAUGUGGCUUCAUCAAGGGGAAUGAGAAGAUUAUAAUGCUUCUAGAAAGGGUUAAACCAGAGAUUGUUGCUUUUAGAGAGACCAUCAUUACCGUCUCCUGUUGGAUUCAGCACCUCAUCCCAAAAAUAGAAGAUGGAAAUGACUUUGGUGUUGCCAUCCAGGAGAAAAUCUUAGAGAGAAUUGGUGCAGUGAAGACUAAAGUUGACAGUUUUCAGACCAACAUCAACAAGUACUUCUCAGAGAGGGGAGAUGCUGUUGCAAAAGCUUCUAAAGAGACUCAUGUGAUGGACUACCGCUCACUUGUCCACGAGAAGGAUGAGGCCAUCUACUCUGAGAUCAGAGUGAUUGUUCUCGACAUCCGCGGCUUUUACGCGGAGUUUUAUGACAUCAUCAACAAGAAUCUGGAUAAGGUGACCAAUCCGAAAGGAGAAGAGAAACCUUCCAUGUACUGAAGAUGGGACAGAUUCUACAAAUCCUCGUACUUUUUUCAGUCAGAACGCUUUUCAGUAAUGCUGCAUACACAUCUGAAUCAGUUGUCAAUUCUGUUCUAUUUUCCUCAAACAUAAAAAACCCAUCUGGAUCUGACUUUUAUCACUGCUGUUGUAUGAUAAUUCAACUUUGGGUUAAAAAAAUAAAAAACAAAUACAAAUAAA